AUGCGCCCUCCCCGCCUUCAGUUUGAUCCGCAAACCCCUUGGAACCCCGAAAACUCUGUAGAUAGCCCUUUCCACGGCAUCAUGCCCCUUACAGAGAACCAUGACCUCGCCGAAGAAAUUGAGGCGGUCAAUGCGAUUUACGACCCCGACACAGUGACAGUCACCGCGACCCCCACACACGCGACCAACACUCUCGACCUAGGAAGCUCCCACUCCACCACACACACCACCGUGAUCACUCUGCAGAUCCCCGAACAGCAGAACCUCUCAUUUCGAAUCGGCUUCGAGGCCUCAUACCCUGAAACGAGGCCCGCAGUACUGGGUACUGCAUCAACCGGCGCGCGUGGGGAAGGCAAGAUCGCAGUCGACGUGUUGGAGGAUAUUAUACAACGAACAUGGCAAGCCGGCGCAGUAUGCCUCUUCGAUGUGAUCAGUGAAGCGGUCGAGGUGUUUCCCGAACUGAACAUCGGGGGAACUCAGAACGAGGAACCACCCGUUGAAAGUGAGCCCGUCGCAACUGCAACAGAGAGCUUUACGACCCUGUCUCUACGGGACGCGUUUGGUCUUGACUCACCGCCAGAUUGGAUUUUGUCAGAUGUGAUGACGGAGAAGAAGUCGGUGUUUGUGGGACGGGUUGCGAGGGUCAACAGCCUAGCGCAGGCACAGGCAUUCUUGGAUCAUCUCACCGCUACGGAUCGGAAGGUUGCAGCUGCGACGCACAACAUCAGUGCAUGGCGGAUUCGGCAACAAAAGGGGGACAACAGUGAUUCUGGUGAGACCGUGGUGCAAGAUUAUGAUGAUGACGGGGAGUCUGCCGCGGGUGGUCGACUACUCCACGUGAUGCAAUUGAUGGAUGUGUGGAAUGUUGUGGUGGUUGUGACGAGAUGGUUUGGUGGGAUUCACCUGGGACCAGCUCGGUUUCGACUCAUCAACGAUGCAGGCCGUGAUGCUUUGGUCAAGGGUGGAUUUACGAAGAAGGAGGAGCCAUCGAGUACCGAGAAAAAGAAGAAAGGAAAGAAAUGA